AUAAUAAUUUCCAACACACUUUUCGCAAAUCCACUCUUUUCCCCGCCAUUCACUUCGCAAUUUCUCUUCCAAAUCUGUCCCUCUAGGGCUCUCACUCCGUUCCUCUUUCUCUCCCAAUCCCUUCCACGUAAACCCUAAUUCCCCUCAAUUUCAGUCCAGAUUUCACCGUUCUCCACGCUUUCAUGCCCUUCACGUGACCAAUACAUGAGCUUCCCAGACACUUCCGACGCCGGUGCCGCCGCGGCCUUCUCCGGCUCCCGAGGCAUCGGCCUUUCCAACACCGUCCACUCCGAGCUCGCCGCCUGCCUCCCGCUGCCGUCGCUCCCGGUUUUCUGCGGCGCCUCCGACCAGGACCUCCGCCUCGUUGACUCGCCGGCGCGUCUCAAUCGCGUAGACGUGCUCGCGCAGUCCGGCAAGAUCGCCGAGCUGCUUCGCCACACCGAUGUGUCGUACUUGAAUUUAAGAGAUGAAGCCAAAGGUGUUCCUUAUAUAUAUGUUGAGCCUUUAGAACUCCAUGAUGAAGUUCUCAGGUGCAAUCCUGAAGCAUUUGAAUACAGCACUGCAGGUCCUGUUAAGGAGCAGAUCUCUGGCAGUGCAGUACCUGAAAAGAGGCAAUCUGAAUCAAGUUUUUCUGUCCCAAGUCAGACUCAGAAAGACUAUAAUGCAACACAUAGUCGCCAGCUUGAUAAUUUUUCGACAAAUGAUAUUUCCACGUUGUCUUCUAAAAAAUCAAAAGUAAAAAAGAAAGGUGGCGAUGGAAUAUCUAUAGCACCUGAUUCUGCUGAGCUUCAAGGUGCCCACAUUCAAAAGUUUUGUGAGCUUUUGGAGGACUUAUGCAGCAAAUCCGAACUAAAUAGUGAUGACAGAGAUGAAGCAGAAUGGUUGUCACUGCCUCUUUCUGAUCUUAGAUUACUUGUCAAUGAAAUAACAUCUAUUCGUGAAAAGAAACUUCUGCAUUUGGUUCCCAUAGAAGUCCUUGUUAGACUAUUAAAAGUUCUAGAUCACCAGAUACAUAGAGCCGAGGGCUUGUCAAUCGAGGAAUGUGAUAAUAGUUCAGAUUCAGAAUUAGUUUCAUCUGUUUUUAUUGCGUUGGAGUCCAUUCAUGCUGCAUUAGCAGUGAUGGCUCAUACUGAUAUGCCAAAGCAACUUUAUAAAGAAGAGAUAAUUGAGAGAAUUCUGGAGUUUUCUAGGCGUCAGAUAAUGGAUGUUAUGUGUGCAUGUGACCCAUCAUAUCGGGCCUUACAUAGACCUGGUGAAAACACUGGAUUUGAAGUAGAUGAUUAUGAAGAAAAUGAUGUUGAAUUUGGUUCAGCGAGCAAGAAACGACGCACUAACAAGACUUUGAAGUUGAAGAAAUCGGCAUCAAGCAGGGUCUCUACUGCUGUGAAUACUAUCCUUCAGAAGUUAUGCACUGUUCUUGGGCUUCUCAAAGAUUUAUUGUUAAUAGAGAGGUUAUCAGAUAGUUGCAUUCUACAACUUGUAAAAACAAGUAUUACAACAUUUUUGGUUGAUAAUAUCCAGCUUUUGCAACUGAAGGCAAUCAGUUUACUCAGUGCGAUAUUCUAUUUAUAUAUACAACAUCGCAUUUAUGUGAUAGAUGAAAUGGUUCAGCUUCUAUGGAAAUUACCUUAUUCAAAACGAGCUUUAAGGUCUUAUCAUGUACGUGAGGAAGAGCCAAGGCAGAUCCAAAUGGUUACUGCUUUGCUGAUUCAUUUGAUUCAUUGUAGUGCUAACCUGCCUGAUGCUUUAAGAAAAGCAUCAAAUGGUAAUUCUGUAUUAGAAGCCUCUGUUGAUGCUAGUACUCCAAUUAAAUCCCACGAGGCAGUUACAGAAGCCUGCUGUCUGUUUUGGAGUCGUGUACUUCAACGCUUUGCAAGUGUAAAGACUCAGGAUGCUUCUGAGCUGAAAUCCAUAAUAGAGAAUCUUGUUACCGAUUUACUGACGACUCUAAAUUUACCUGAAUAUCCUGCUUCAGCUCCUAUUCUUGAGGUUCUCUGUGUCCUACUACUUCAGAAUGCUGGGCCAAAAUCUAAGGAUGUCUCUGCACGUACCAUGGCAAUUGAUAUUCUUGGUAUAAUUGCUGCAAGGUUGAAGCGUGAUGCUUUGGUUUGUAGCCAGGAGAAGUUAUGGAUACUUCAGGAUUUCCUUAGUCCUGAUGCUCAUGCUGAGCAUCAAGCAAAAGAUAUAUGUUGCGUCUGUUUAGGGGGAAGGGUUGAAAACCUGUUUACAUGUCAUGGUUGCCAGAGGCUUUUUCAUGCUGAUUGCCUGGGCAUUAAAGAACAUGAAAUUUCAAGCCGAAACUGGUCCUGCCAGACAUGCAUCUGUCAUAAGCAACUACUGGUAUUGCAAUCAUGUUGCAAUUCGCAGAACAAGAAUAAUCUGAAAAAGAAUUCAAAAGCGUCAAAGGAUUCUGAAGUUUCUAUGCACGACAUUGUUCAACAGUUACUUUUGAAUUACCUUCAAGAUGUCACCUCUCCUGAUGAUCUGCAUCUUUUCAUUUGCUGGUUUUAUCUUUGCCUGUGGUACAAAGAUGAUUCCAAUUGUGAGCAGAAGUCUAUUUAUUACAUUGCAAGAAUGAAAUCAAAAAUCAUAGUACGGGAUUCUGGUGCUGUAUCUUCUAUGCUGACAAGGGAUUCAAUCAAGAAGAUUACUUUAGCUUUGGGCCAAAACAGUUCAUUUUGCCGAGGGUUUGAUAAAAUUCUUCACACGCUUCUGGCAAGCUUGAGGGAGAACUCUCCAGUUAUUAGGGCUAAGGCUUUAAAAGCAGUAAGUAUCAUUGUAGAGGCUGAUCCAGAGGUAUUGGGAGAUAAGCGUGUGCAGUCAGCUGUUGAAGGAAGGUUCUGUGAUUCUGCAAUAUCUGUUAGAGAAGCAGCAUUGGAACUUGUUGGUAGGCAUAUUGCUUCACAUCCUGAUGUGGGUUUUAAGUAUUUUGAGAAGAUUGCUGAGAGAAUAAAGGAUACUGGUGUAAGUGUUCGAAAACGAGCUAUAAAAAUCAUUCGAGAUAUGUGCACUUCAGAUGCUAACUUCUCUGGAUUUACAAGAGCUUGCACAGAGAUAAUUACACGUGUUAGUGAUGAUGAAGCUAGCAUCCAGGACCUUGUUUGCAAAACUUUCAGUGAAUUCUGGUUUGAGGAGCCUCAUGGUUCCCAAACUCAGAGCUUUGGGGAUGGUAGUACUGUUCCACUUGAGAUAGUUAAGAAAACAGAGCAAAUUGUUCAAAUGUUAAGAGGAAUGCCCAAUAAUCAACUUCUUGUAACUGUAAUAAAGCGCAAUUUGGCACUUGAUUUUUUGCCUCAGUCUGCAAAAGCCACAGGGAUCAAUCCGGUGUCUCUUGCUACAGUACGUAAGCGGUGUGAGUUAAUGUGCAAAUGCUUGCUGGAGAAGAUGUUGCAGGUUGAGGAAAUGAACAGUGAUGAAGUUGAAGUGCGUGCACUUCCAUAUGUGUUGCUCCUGCAUGCAUUUUGUCUUGUGGACCCUACUCUCUGUGCACCAGCUUCAAACCCUUCCCAAUUUGUUGUUACAUUGCAGCCAUAUCUGAAGACUCAGGUUGACAAUCGUAUGGUUGCGCAGCUGCUUGAGAGUAUACUAUUCAUAAUUGAUGCUGUGCUGCCCAUGCUUGGGAAGUUACCUCCAAUUAUUGUUGGGGAACUUGAGCAAGAUUUAAAACAAAUGAUUGUCCGGCAUUCUUUCUUGACUGUUGUCCAUGCCUGUAUCAAAUGCCUCUGCUCUGCGAGUAAAAUGUCUGGAAAGGGGGCUGUUGUGGUUGAACAACUUGUUCAGUUCUUCUUCAAAUGUUUGGAUACUCAGGCUGUUGAUAACAAGCAGAAAGUUGGACGAUCUCUCUUUUGUCUUGGGUUACUUAUCCGUUAUGGUAAUCGAUUGUUAGCAAACUCCAGUAAUAAACUUGUUGAUUUUGGAAGCAGUGUCAGACUGUUUAUUAAGCAUCUGUCUGCGGAGGAUUUUGUUGUCAAAGUUAGAUCUUUGCAGGCACUAGGGUUUGUUUUAAUUGCUAGGCCGGAAUAUAUGUUGGAAAGUUAUGUUGGAAAAAUACUGGAGGAAACAUUAUCCUCUGCUGCUGAUACUCGUCUUAAGAUUCAAGGAUUACAAAACAUGUACGAGUAUCUUCUAGAUGCUGAAAGCCAAAUGGGAACUGAUAAAGGUGAUGAUAACGUUGCUGGUUACACAGUAGGAGCUGGACAGAUUGUCCCUGUUGCUGCUGGUGCCGGUGAUACAAACAUAUGUGGGGGUAUAGUUCAGUUAUAUUGGGAUAAUAUUUUGGGCAGAUGUUUGGAUUUCAAUGAACAAGUUCGUCAAUCAGCCCUGAAGAUUGUUGAAAUUGUGCUGCGUCAAGGUCUUGUUCAUCCAAUCACCUGUGUUCCGUAUCUAAUAGCACUUGAAACAGAUCCUCUGGAGUCAAAUUCAAAGUUGGCUCAUCAUCUCCUGAUGAACAUGAAUGAAAAGUAUCCUGCAUUUUUUGAAAGCCGCUUGGGUGAUGGACUUCAAAUGUCAUUUAUGUUUAUGCAAUCUAUCAGUGGUGGUUCUGAAAAUGUUGACACUAAGAUCCAAUCUAAGAUGCCUAUUUCUGGAAAAGGGAAGCCUGAGGCUGGGCCGCUUGCUCAAGCAAAACUUGGGGUUUCUCGAAUAUACAAGCUCAUCCGAGGGAACCGGGUAUCAAGGAACAAAUUUUUGUCCUCAAUUGUGAGGAAAUUUGAUAAUCCAAGAUGGAAUAAAUUAGUAAUUGCUUUCUUAACAUACUGCACGGAAGUCCUAGCAUUGCUGCCAUUCAUUUCACCCGAUGAGCCCCUUUAUUUAAUCUAUGCUAUCAAUCGAAUAGUUCAAGUAAGGGCCGGACCACUAGAAGCGAAUUUUAAAGCCUGGAGUUCAAGCAUUUCAAAUUACGGUACACCUUAUGGAAAUGGAAUGCAUCAACAGGCGCCAGAAGAGUCUACUGUUACAACCCAAGUAAUGUCAGUGGAUUUGAAUGGAUCAAUACAACAAAAUAUAGAUGCUCAUCUCAAUUCCAAUGACUUGAGAUCCCUGGAUUUAAAUGGAUCAAAUCACCAGCAGCUAGAUUAUUCGUAUAUGGGUAGCCCAGAUACAAACCCGCAUUCUACGGGUUACACAGAUUUUUACUUCUCAAAAGAUGAUCUAGAGAAAGUUCAGGCCGACUGUUUAUCAGCAAUUGCAUUGCAGCUUCUUUUAAAGCUUAAGAGACACCUAAAAAUCAUGUAUAGUCUGGACGAUGCCCGUUGUCAGGCAUAUUCUCCUACUGAACUACCAAAACCUGGAGAGGUUAUCUCCAGACAGAAUAUAGGCUUUAGUAUAGGUGAAUCCCAAUUCAGUUUGCCUACGACACCGCAAGAAUUGGUACAAAGAUAUCAGGAAUUUAAGCAUGCUUUGAGAGAAGACACCGUUGAUUAUUCACACUACACUGCAAAUAUAAAACGUAAGAGACCUACAAGUACUCCAAGGAAAGUUCAAGCUCGGAAAGCUGUAUAUGUGUCAAGUGGGAACUACAACGAGGAAGAUGACGAUGCGGAUUAUAGCGGUGGAAGUACGAUGCGGCAUAUAACAUUUAGCGGCAGCCGCAGGAGUAGCCUUAGAAGCUCUAGGCAAUAUUGAUUUGAUGUAAUUACAUGAUAGAUAGGCUAACUUGUACAUUAAAUAGGAAGAAAAAAAGUACAGAAUAGGAUGAGAGCCUACAGCAUAGGGGUUGUUAAGGAAACAGAAUUUAGGCUAAGUAUGGACAUUAUAAUGAUUUUUCUCUGUUUCCUUCUGUAAUUUCCAUUUUAAUAUAGUGCCUGCAUUCUUUUGUUGAUUAA